AAAAUACAUUUCCCCCGUAGUCUGGUCACUUCCAGAGGUUUCAAAGCACCUUGGUGGUGGCAGAGCACAACAAUGACAAGCUGACCCCCAUUACGCUGAGUGCUAUUACUGCAGCCAAGAAACUAGGAGGAGACGUGUCCUGUUUGGUUGCUGGAACAUCCUGUACAAAAGUAAGCUAAAUCUUGGGUUUGAUCAGAUGGUGCCUUCAGAAAGUAUUCACACCCCUUGACUUUUUCCACAUUUUGUUGUUACAGCCUGAAUUAGAAAUGGGUUACAUUUAGAUUUUGUGUCACUAGCCUACACACAAUACCACAUUGUCAAAGUGGAAUUAUGUUUGACAUUUUCAAAAACAAAUUCAUAAAAAAUGAAAAGCUGAAAUGUCUUGAAUCAAUAAGUAUUCAACCCAUUUGUUAUGACAAGCCUAAGUAUGUUCAGGAGUAAAACUGUGCGUAACAAGUCACAAUAAGUUACAUGGAAACUGUGUGCAAUAAUAGUAUUUAACAUGAUUUUUGAGUGACUACGUCAUCUCUGUACCCCACACAUACAACUAUCUAUAAGGUCCCUCAGUCGAGCAGUGAAUACACCCAGUCACUACAAAGAUACAGGCAUCCUUUCUAACUCAGGUGCCGAAUAGGAAGGAAACCGCUCAGGGAUUUCACCAUGAGGCCAAUGGUGACUUUAAAACAGUUAUAGAGUUUAAUGGCAGUGAUAGGAGAAAACUGAGGAUGGAUCAACUACAUUGUUGUUACUCCACUAUACUAACUUAAUUGACAGUGUGAAAAGAAGGAAGACUGUACAGAAUACAAAUAUUCCAAAACAUACUAAAGUAAAACUGCAAAAAAAAGUAGAAAAUAUAUUAACUUUAUGUCCGGAAUACAAAGUGUUAUGUUCCGGCAAACACAACACAUCACUGAGUACCACACUUCAUAUUUUCAAACAUGGUGGUGGCUGCAUCUUGUUAUGGGUAUGCUUGUCAGCGACAAGGACUAGGGAGUUUUUUUAGGAUAAGAAGAAACUGAAUAGAGCUAAGUCAGCUUUCCAACAGACACUGGGAGACAAAUUUACCUUUCCGCAGGAAAAUAACCUAAAAUACAAGGCCAAAUAUACACUGGAGUUGCUUACCAAAACGACAUUGAAUGUUCCUGAGUGGCCUAGUUACAGUUUUGACUUAAAUUUGCUUGAAAAUCUAUGGCAAGACUUGAAAAUGGCUGUCUAGCAAUGAUCAACAACCAACUUGACAGAGCUUGAAGUAGUCUAAAAAGAAUAAUAAUAUAAUAAUAUGCCAUUUAGCAGACACUUUUAUCCAAAGCGACUUACAGUCAUGUGUGCAUACAUUUUUACGUAUGGGGUGGUCCCGGGGAUCGAACCCACUACCCUGGUGUUACAAGCGCCAUGCUCUACCAAUUGAGCUACAGAGGACCAAUAAUGUGCAAAUAUUGUACAAUCCAGGUGUGCAAAAUCUUAGACUUACCCUUGAAAGAUUCACAGCUAUAAUCGCUGCCAAAGGUGAUUCUAACCGGUAUUGCCUCAGGGGUGUGAAUACCUGCACUACAUAACCAAAAGUAUGUGGACAUCUGCUCGUCGAACAUCUAAUUUCAAAAUCAUGGGCAUUAAUAUGGAGUUGGUCCCCCCUUUGCUGCUAUAACGGCUCCACUCUUCUGGGAAGGCUUUCCACUAGAUGUUGGAACAUUGCUUCCAUUCAGUCACGAGCAUUAGUGAAGUCGGGCACAGAUGUUGGGCAAAUAGGUGUUCCAAUUCAUCCCAAAGGUGUUCGAUGGGGUUGAGGGCAGGGCUCUGUGCAGGCCAGUCAAGUUCUUCCACACCGAUCUCGAUUAACCAUUUCUGUAUGGACCUCGCUUUGUGCACAGGGGCAUUGUCAUGCUGAAACAGGAAAGAGCCUUCCCCAAACUGUUGCCACAAAGUUGGAAGGACAGAAUCGUCUAGAAUGUCAUUGUAUGCUGUAGCAUUAAGAUUUCCCUUCGUUAAGGGGCCUAUCCCGAACCAUGAAAAACAGUCCCAGACCAUUAUUCCUCCUCCACCAAACUUUACAGUUGGCACUAUGCAUUCAGGAAAGUAGCGUUCUCCUGGCAUCCGCCAAACCCAAAUUCGUGCUUCGGACUGCCAGAUGGUGAAGCGUGAUUUAUCACUCCAGAGAACGGUUUUCCACUGCUCCAGAGUCCAAUGGCGGCGAGCUUUACACCACUCCAGCCGACGCUUGGCAUUGCGCAUGGUGAACUUAGGCUUGUGUGCGGCUGCUCGGCUGUGGAAACCUAUUUCAUGAAGCUCCCGACAAACAGUUAUUGUGCUGACGUUGGUUCCAGAUGCAGUUUGAAACUCUGUAGUGAGUGUUGCAACCGCGGACAGACGAUUGUUAUGUGCUUCAGCACUCGCCGGUCCCAUUCUGUGAGCUUGUGUGGCCAACCACUUUGCAACUGAGCCGUUGUUGCUCCUAGACGUUUCCACUUCACAAAAACAGCACUUACAGUUGACCAGGGCAGCUAUAGCAGGGCAGAAAUGUGACGAACUGACUUGUUGGAAAGGUGGCAUCAUAUGACGGUGUUACAUUGAGUCACUGAGCUCUUCAGUAAGGCCAUUCUACUGCCAAUGUUUGUCUAUGGAGAUUGCAAAUGGGUUGGCUGAAAUAGCCAAAUCAACUAAUUUGAAGGGGUGUCCACAUACAUUUGUGUAUAUAUAUUGUAUGUAAAUGUUAUUCUAUAUUUCAUUUUCAAUAAAUGUGCACAUUUUAUAAUUAUGGGGUAUUGUGUGUAGAUGAGUGAGAUUUAAAAAAAAUCAAUUUUUAAUUCAGCCUGUUGGCCUAACACAACAAAAUGUGGAAUAAGUCAAGGGGUAUGAAUACUUUCUGAAGGCACUGUAAAUAACCUGUUGAAAUGGAUGAUAGGGUAAAUCCAUUUGAAUUUAAUCACUUUUUGACAGCACCCCUUUUUGACUUCCAUACAUUUUUGCCCAUUGUAGAAGUGCUUAGAAAGGGACUUUUUGUACCUGAAUGCCAAAACAUUCAAGAGAUAAAGGUGCUCAAAGUUGACCUAUUAUGCAAAAUAGGUAAACUUUGAGCACCUGUUAUCUCUUGAAUGUUUUGGCAUUCGGGUACAAAAAAUAACUUUCUGAACACUUCUACAAUGUGCAAAUAUGUAUGGAAAAGAUAAACAGUUGAUAUUGAUAUCUUUUAAAAGCUUAGAAAAGGGUUGUAAAAAAAACAAACGUCAAUUAUCUAAAAACACGUAAACUCAGAUUUCUGUCAUUCACAUACAGUAUGUUGUAACGUAUACCCUGUUUUAUAUUUGAGUUUGUGUUGUGCCGCCAUCCGUUGAGACACAACAUGCUCUUUGAUACAGGGUGGGUGUCAUGUUUUGCUGAUACAUUUACUAAAAUGGGAAUAAAAUUGAAAUUUCAACUUUCAAAUUGUACUACAAAGAUCGUUGGAGGUCCACACAUCAGACAAUUUUGACUUAAAUGGGAAUACAGUGGGGAAAAAAAGUAUUUAGUCAGCCACCAAUUGUGCAAGUUCUCCCACUUAAAAAGAUGAGAGGCCUGUAAUUUUCAUCAUAGGUACACGUCAACUAUGACAGACAAAAUGAGGAAAAAAAAUACAGAAAAUCACAUUGUAGGAUUUUUAAUGAUUUUAUUUGCAAAUUAUGGUGGAAAAUAAGUAUUUGGUCAAUAACAAAAGUUUCUCAAUACUUUGUUAUAUACCCUUUGUUGGCAAUGACACAGGUCAAACGUUUUCUGUAAGUCUUCACAAGGUUUUCACACACUGUUGCUGGUAUUUUGGCCCAUUCCUCCAUGCAGAUCUCCUCUAGAGCAGUGAGGUUUUGGGGCUGUCGCUGGGCAACACGGACUUUCAACUCCCUCCAAAGAUUUUCUAUGGGGUUGAGAUCUGGAGACUGGCUAGGCCACUCCAGGACCUUGAAAUGCUUCUUACGAAGCCACUCCUUCGUUGCCCGGGCGGUGUGUUUGGGAUCAUUGUCAUGCUGAAAGACCCAGCCACGUUUCAUCUUCAAUGCCCUUGCUGAUGGAAGGAGGUUUUCACUCAAAAUCUCACGAUACAUGGCCCCAUUGAUUCUUUCCUUUACACGGAUCAGUCGUCCUGGUCCCUUUGCAGAAAAACAGCCCCAAAGCAUGAUGUUUCCACCCCCAUGCUUCACAGUAGGUAUGGUGUUCUUUGGAUGCAACUCAGCAUUCUUUGUCCUCCAAACACGACGAGUUGAGUUUUUACUAAAAAGUUCUAUUUUGGUUUCAUUUGACCAUAUGACAUUCUCCCAAUCCUCUUCUGGAUCAUCCAAAUGCACUCUAGCAAACUUCAGACGGGCCUGGACAUGUACUGGCUUAAGCAGGGGGACACGUCUGGCACAGCAGGAUUUGAGUCCCUGGCGGCGUAGUGUGUUACUGAUGGUAGGCUUUGUUACUUUGGUCCCAGCUCUCUGCAGGUCAUUCACUAGGUCCCCCCGUGUGGUUCUGGGAUUUUUGCUCACCGUUCUUGUGAUCAUUUUGACCCCACGGGGUGAGAUCUUGCGUGGAGCCCCAGAUCGAGGGAGAUUAUCAGUGGUCUUGUAUGUCUUCCAUUUCCUAAUAAUUGCUCCCACAGUUGAUUUCUUCAAACCAAGCUGCUUACCUAUUGCAGAUUCAGUCUUCCCAGCCUGGUGCAGGUCUACAAUUUUGUUUCUGGUGUCCUUUGACAGCUCUUUGGUCUUGGCCAUAGUGGAGUUUGGAGUGUGACUGUUUGAGGUUGUGGACAGGUGUCUUUUAUAUUGAUAACAAGUUCAAACAGGUGCCAUUAAUACAGGUAACGAGUGGAGGACAGAGGAGCCUCUUAAAGAAGAAGUUACAGGUCUGUGAGAGCCAGAAAUCUUGCUUGUUUGUAGGUGACCAAAUACUUAUUUUCCACCAUAAUUUCCAAAUAAAUUCAUUAAAAAUCCUACAAUGUGAUUUUCUGGAUUUUCUUUCCUCAAUUUGUCUAUCAUAGUUGACGUGUACCUAUGAUGAAAAUUACAGGCCUCUCUCAUCUUUUUAAGUGGGAGAACUUGCACAAUUGGUGGCUGACUAAAUACUUUUUUCCCCCACUGUAUCUGUUUUAUAAUAUACUGUCAAUCCUCCAUAAUAUAGAUAAUAGAAUAGACAUUACCAUUUAAGUUGACAUUCGACGGUGGUUGGACCGGCGGCCAUCUUUGUGGGAGUAAUUCAAAGUUAACAUUUUAAUUAAAAUGUCAAUGAUGUACCAGCUAAAUUGCAUUGGUCUGAAGGGAUGUCCGUUCUAUGAAUUAUAUUUAUAUGAUUGAAAGGACACCCACCCUGUAUUCAAGAACAUGUUGUCUCAACCGAUGGUGGGCACAACAAAAAAACUUCAGAUGCAAAGUAGGGUCUAAACUACAACAUAUGCGAAUAUGAAAAAAAUUGGAGUUAAUGCAUUUUUAGAAAAUUGACGUUAGAUGUUCAGUGCAUUCGGCAAGUAUUUAGACCCCUUGACUUUUUCCACAUUUUGAUACGUUACAGCCUCAUUCUAAAAUGGAUUAAAUCGUUUUUUCCCCUCAGUCUACACACAAUAUAAUGACAAAGCAAAAACAGGUUUUUAGAAAUUUUAGCAAAUGUAUAAAAAACAGAAAUAUCACAUUGACAUACAGUACCAGUCAAAGGUUUGGACACACCUACUCAUUCCAGGGUUUUUCUUAUUUUUUAAAAACUAUUUCCUACAUUGUAGAAUAAUAGUGAAGACAUCAAAACUAGGAAAUAACACAUAUGGAAUCAUGUAGUAACCAAAAAAGUGUUAAACAAAUCCAAAUAUAUUUUAUAUUUGAGAUUCUUCAAAUAGCCACCCUUUGCCUUGAUGACAGCUUUGCACAUUCUUGGCAUUCUCAUGUGCCUUUUACUGAGGAGUGGCUUCCAUCUGAUUGGUGGAGUGCUGCAGAGAUGGUUGUCCUUCUGGAAGGUUCUCCCAUCUCCACAGAGGAACUCUGGAGCUCUGUCAGAGUGUCCAUUGGGUUCUUGGUCACCUCCCUGACCAAGGCCCUUCUCUGGGCGGCCAGCUCUAGGAAGAGUCUUGGAGGUUCCAAACUUAUUCUAUUUAAGAAUGGUGGAGGCCACUGUGUUCUUGGUGACCUUCAAUGCUGCAGAAAUGUUUUGGUACCCUUCCCCAGAUCUGUGCCUCGACACAAUCCUGUCUCGGAGCUCUACGGACAAUUCCUUCGACGUCAUGGCUUGGUUUUUGCUCUGACAUGCACUGUCAACUGUGGGACCUUAAAUAGACAGGUGUGUGCCUUUCCAAAUCAUGUCCAAUCAAUUUAAUUUAACACAGGUGGACUCCAAUCAAGUUGUAGAAACCUCUCAAGGAUGAACAAUGGAAACAGGAUGCACCUGAGCUCAAUUUCGAGUCUCAUAGCAAAGGGUCUGAAUACUUAUGUAAAUAAGGUAUUUCUGUUUUUAUUUUAAUAAAAUUAGCAACAUUUUCAAAACAUGUUUUUGCUUUGUAAUUAUGGGGUAUAGUGUGUAGAUUAAUGAAAAAUGAUAAUUUAAUCAAUUUUAGAAUAAGGCUGUAACGUAACAAAAUGUGGAAAAAUUGAAGGGGUCUGAAUACUUUCCAAAUGCACUGUAUAAUUUCUUGAAAGUGUUUUUCAAGAAAUGUUUAAACAAUUUGACAACCCUGUUUUUGUAAGCUUUUCAAUUAUAUCAAACUCAACUGUUUCUCGUUUCCAGUGACUUCUUCCAUGGGCAAACAUGUGUGGAAAGUUUUUUGUUUAAAUCUGUCAAAAAGUGAAUUGAAUUCAAAUGGUUUUACCUGAUAUCCAGACCUACACUACCUGUCAAAAGUUUUAGAACACCUACUCAUUCAAUGGUUUUUCUUUAUUUGUACUAUUUUCUACAUUGUAGAAUAAAAGUGAAGACAUCAAAACUAUGAAAUAACACACAUGGAAUCAUGUAGUAAAUAGUAAAAAUAAAGAAAAACCUGUUCUAAAUCUUUUGACCGGUAGUGUAGACUCUUAGUGUUUUUCUUCAAGGGAUUGAUUUGCUGUAUAUUUAUCAUCUCUUCAGGUUGCACAGGAAAUCAGCAAAGUCCUAGGUGUGAAGACAGUUCUAAUUGCUCAAAAUGAUGCUUACAAAGGCUCUCUGCCAGGUAUGUAUAUCCACAGUGUGAAGCAGAUGCAGCCAACAGAUUCACUGAAGCUGUAAAUGAGUUGGACAUUUUAGUUCUUCAGCAUCUUACUUAAAAAUGUAAACUUAGUAUGUUAAAAUCUGAGUGUUAUUAUUAUUUUUUUACCCAUUUACAUGUGGUGUUAACAGCAACUUGCAUGUCUUUCCACAGAGGAGUUAACUCCACUUAUCCUGGCAACCCAGAAGCAGUUCAACUUCACCCAUAUCUGUGCUGGAGCGUCUGCAUUUGGGAAAGUAAGAUUAUAAGACCCUUUAUAUACAUACCUUUAGUGAGGUCAUUUGUCACUUCUUAGCAAAGCUAUCUGCCUGCAGAUGAUUUGAUGUAUUUCAUAGGAUGUAUUUGGUUUCAUAAGCCUAGUGUAAAAAACACAGCUCUUAUCAGUAUGCUGUAUUUUUCAUUCAUGCCAUGGUUUCUGGAAGAUAUUUGUAGGGCAUCUUUGGCUGAUCAUUACAGAUUGCCUUAUAUCCCUGCGUAUUUACCAUCCUGUCUUUUGUAGAACCUGCUCCCCAGAGUGGCUGCCAAGUUGGAUGUUGCUCCUAUUUCAGACAUUAUUGAGAUCAAAUCCCCUGACACCUUUGUCAGAACCAUCUAUGCUGGUAACUAGCUUUUUGUGAACGUGUUAUGAGAAGAUACAUUUGAACUAAAGCAUGUAGCCCCCAAACCAACCUAUACUACUAAGAUAUUCUUCAGAAUUCUUGACCACAUUAUGUCACCAAUGCAGUUUAGACUGCUUUAGACAUUCUUUGGGACUCGAUAUGGAUUUUGUUUGAUAUUGUCAUUGGAAAUCAAUUCAAUUUGUAAUUGCAUUUGGGACUGCUCUUACGAAUUUGACAAGUAACUCACCAAUUCUCCAUGUACCAUAGGGAACCGGUUUGCUUUUAAAUCUAAAGCCAAUUCAGUCUUUUGGCAAUACCAGCAAUGAUUAGAUCCUAAAAGCCUAAUUUCUCAAUUGCACUUAUGGGCUUUGAAUGAAUCAAAAUGACAUUAUCCACUUAAUUUAUGGGCUUUGAAUGAAUCAAAAUGACAUUAUCCACUUAAACCUUUGCUGUUUAAUAGUCAUGUCCAAAUUGGUCUUAUUGAAAACUCAUGGUGAACCUUGAGCCCAGAAGAUGUUUCCCGAAUUAAUUAUCUACUUUUAUUUCCCAUUUGUCAUCAGAAGAGUUGCAUGAGGUUUAGAGUUAGAAAACAAAACAUCACUGUUUGUCUCAUUCACAGGAAAUGCUCUCAGCACUGUCAAGUGUAAUGAAAAUGUCAAGGUUUUCACCGUCAGAGGGACAUCUUUUGAGCCCACUGAGGUGGAGGGAGGCAGUGCUACAUCAGAGGAAGGUAGCUACAGUACUAACCAUGCACUGAUACACACAUGAAAAGCACACAUACAAAAGCCAUUGUUCUUGUUUAUCAUUCUAAAAUAAUUUAUUUAAUUUCCUGGCUGGAUAACUUAUUUUGUCAGGGUAUAGUUAAAAGUAAGAAAACUUGAAACAGUUUGAACUUGAGAUGCAGUUUUAUUUAAUAUGAUCCUCUGACGAUCCUCAUGAGUUGUUUAUUUCAGUUGCUGCGUCCACUUCCGCUGGGAUGUCUGAGUGGCUGGAAGCAUCCUUGACCAAGAGUGACCGUCCAGAGCUGACCAGUGCUAAGGUUGUGGUGUCUGGAGGUAAGUGCCACCUUCAGCUCAUCAUACUAUUUGCCUUGAACAUGACAAAUAAAUUGAUGUGUAUGUAAACAUUAUUUUAGGAAGGGGCCUGAAGAAUGGAGAAAACUUCAAGCUGCUCUAUGACCUUGCUGACAAAAUGAAUGCUGCAGGUAAGUGGGUGAUUAGAAUGAGGCUUUGAAUGACAACAAAUGUUAAGUUCUAUAUUUGAAUAACUGAUAAAAUAUUGGUGAAAACAUUUGACAUUUUUGGUCCAUAAGCAGUAAAGUAGGUUUGAAUUGAUUUUCCCCACAGUUGGUGCUUCCAGAGCUGCUGUGGAUGCUGGAUAUGUCCCCAAUGACAUGCAGGUUGGACAGACAGGCAAGAUCGUGGCCCCCGUAAGUGACAAACUCUUUGAUAGGCAAUGUUGUGCUCACUAUGGUGUCAUCUGUAAUAAUAUUGCACAAUUAUUCAAGAUACCGGUAAACCUUUUGUGGAAACAAGGGAGUAUACUUACAAAAAAAAAGUUUUGUGAGGAGUUACCCACCCACUAUCAAUUAUUGUGUAAGUUACCCGCAGCUUGACAAAGACCUGUUACUUUAGAUGCAAACACAAUUCCUGGAAUUCGGUGUUCUAAAGAUGGAUCCCUUUGCUCUUUAAAAAGGUUAAAUUCCCAUUAUCCGGUUCAACUGGGAUAUCCUAGCUGUGAUUAUCCACACAUUAGACCCCAUGAAAUGUAGUUAAUGGCACAUAUAGGCUCCUAAAUGAUUUAGCUGAUCCAUUAGAGAGCAGAGCAGAGCACAGUGCAGUGUAGUGGGUGACUGCUCAGAGCCCCAGACCAGGCCAUUCUGCCCAAAUUGUAUUUUGCUAAUGUUUUGACAAGCUUGGUAUGUAGGCUUAAUGUAUUAAAUAAAAUUUGAAUUGCAGUAUUAUUUUUUUCCUGUUCAUAUUUGUCAGUCAGUUGUUUUAUAGUCUUCAUGCACGCCACUCAAAGGAUUCACAUAAAUAUUAGAAGUACAUUUUUUAUCGAUUCCUUCAGGCAUUGUUAGGACAGAACCAUGCAUGUCAUAUCAGUGUUACUCUCUGUCACCUUUUUUUUUCUUUUACAAAUGUCCCCUUGAAUUAUUCCGAAUGAGUGUCAUAGCACAAAGCUGUGUUCAUUCUUGUUAUGUGAGGUAACAAGCAAUUUAUAUUUACAUAUACAACAGUUUUAUUAAUUAUUUGAUUGGACCACUUUUGACAAUAGGAAUAUUUUGUGAAAUAAUUAGUUGCAGGCUUAAAAUAGUGAUUAUAUCCAGUAUUGAACUGCUCCAGUUAUAUACUGAACAAAAAUAUAAACGCAACAUGUUAAGUGUUUGUCCCAUGUUUAAUGAGCUGAAAUAAACUGGCAAGAUAUAAAAUAAAAUGUAGCUCAAAUUUUGUGCACACAUUUGUUUACAUCCCUGUUAGUGAGCAUUUAUCAUUUGCCAAGAUAAUCCAACCACCUGACAGGUGUGGCAUAUCAAGAAGCUGAUAAACAGAAUGAUCACAUGUGCACCUUGUGCUGGGGACAAUAAAAGGCCACUCUAAAAUGUGCAGUUUUGUCACACAACACAAUGCCAUAGAUGUCUCAAGUUUUGAGGGAGCGUGCAAUUGGCAUGCUCACUGCAGGAAUGUCCACCAGAGCUGUUGCCAGAGAAUUUAAUGUUAAUUUCUCUACCAACGUCGUUUUAAUAAAUUUGCCAGUACGUCCAACCGGCCUCACAACUGCAGAUCACGUGUAAACUUGCCAUAUUCGGCUUCUUCACCUGCAAGAUCGUCUGAGACCAGCCACCCAGACAGCUGAUGAAACUGAGGACUAUUUCGGUCUAUAAUAAAGCCUUUUUGUGGGGAAAAACCCAUUCUGAUUGGCAGGUCCUGGCUCCCCGGUGGGUCUAUGCCCUCCCAGGCCCACCCAUGGCUGCGCCCUUGCCCAGUCAUGUAAAAUCCAUAGAUUAGACUGAUUUCCUUUUAUGAACUGUAACUCAGUAAAAUCAUUUUUUAUAUUUUUGUUCAGUAUAAUUUUGCUGCAAUGUUUAGAUUUGAAAGAAUCUCACGCCAAGGAAUUAGUUGACAUUCACUGUUUCUGUCAGCAUGUAUGUCACAGUUAAGCUUUUGCAAUUAUGUAACCUAAGCAGUGGGGUGUCAUGCCUGAGCAACGUUUCAGGGGAGUACCACAUUUGGGGAACAGCUUGGCAACGGAGCAGCCAGGUUGUCAUGUUGGAGUCUGUUUUUUUUUAUCGGUUAACAAUAGCAUCACCACACUUGAAUGACUAGCUAGCGAUGCAAUUAUGCUGCAUGUAGGGAGUUGUUUUCACACCUGGGGGAAAGCUAGCAACACAACAGCAGGUGUGCCUGCUUGGUCUUCUAAUUGAAAACUGCAAAGCUGCUAAAAGAGCUCAAAAAGAAGAACUCUGAGAAGACUCUCCAAAUAGGCUAGACAUGUAUGUACUCUGAUCUUUCCAUACAGUGAUAUUUGAGAACUAAAGCAUACAAUAUCUUUUGUGGUCGUUUUCCCUCUGCUACAGUAGGACCGUGCACUUGCUGGACAGGACAGUGCCUCUCAUUGUGAAAUAUUGGUCCUCACUUUUAGUCUUUAGUACACUUGUGUUCAUAAAUGUAUGCUCUGCUCCUCAGAGACUACUCCAAUAACAUUAAAUAGCACUGAAAUAUUAAUAUGGCAGUGCAUUAAGCUGAAAGCCUCUGUUUUUCCCAGAGAUGGAGGGUCCUACACUGUGCUUCACCACCCACAGAAUUCUCCCUCAUAGAUUACAUGAUCAGGGUCAGCACUAGAACAGCUCCGUUCUCUAAUAUGGAAACCCAGGGCUGCGUUAUGUACGGAAAAACAUAAUGCAACGUUCAAUUAAACAGAAACGGUGCUGUUCUGAACGACCAAUUGAAAAACUGGGAGCGGUUGGGUUGUGGGUUAAAAAGGCACCUCUGCCCUUUAAAUACAUCACUCAUUGCUUCAAGCCACACCAACCAAAUGGAGCAAACGUACCUCAGUCUGUUCAAGAAUGUUUUGGAGAAACGUGUUGUUCAGUACAAGCCGUUACACAGCGUAGAAAAUGUUCAAUCGAACUGAACGCACACUAGGACUGCCCUGCAAUCAACUGCAUCAGUACUAGGGUACCAAUGAGGGCCUUAGUGGUAACAUGAUGAUUGAUGGAAAAUAAAUAAAGUUUCUCAAUAAAUAUUGUAGGCCCACAUAUUAUACUACCGGUGUAUUGAGUCAAUUGCAGUUAUUUCUGCAGUAAGGUGUCUUACUGGUGUUCAGCAGCCUGAAACAAAUGGCACUACAUAGACGUGUAUGUGCACUAAGCUCUUGUGUUAUUAUAUUGAUAAAGCUUGUUUGUCCUCUUGUUCUCUCUGCAGGAGUUGUACAUCGCUGUUGCUAUCUCUGGAGCUAUUCAACAUCUGGCUGGGAUGAAGGACAGCAAGGUGAAGUGCAGUUAGCAUUCUUGCUUGAUUUCUUUUCUGUCCUUUUUAUACAGUAGUAUAAGAAAAAAGAGCAUGUUGCAAUAUUUUGAACUACAUUGUUUGUUUCUGCAGACUAUUGUUGCCAUUAACAAGGACCCAGAGGCUCCCAUCUUCCAGGUGGCCGACUAUGGUCUGGUGGCUGAUCUCUUUAAGGUGAGAUAGCAGGCUGAUUGUGUUAGAGAAAUAUUUACCCAUGAGGAAACAUUACGAAACACCCUUGCCAUGACUGAAACUAACCGAACAUGGCACCAGCCUCCAGCACAGCGCUGAAUACCUAAUCAGCAAGAGAGGCAUUUCAAUAACCAAGACAUGACAAAAGUGACAGUCAGAAUAUUACAUUCCCUGUUUCCCUGAUACAUUUUGCAAGACGCAUUAUUAUCCCUCCUAAUGGAAAUGUGCAUCUGUUGAAUUAUUGAGGUGCUGAAUUAAUCAGGUGAAUUGUGGCCAGAGCCUGCUGCUCUGUAAAGAUGCAACAACGGCUCUCCUUCAAACCAUACAAAUAAAUCAAUAGUUAACUUAAGUGGCUGGGUGUAAGUUCUCAGGUUUUAUUUUCUCUUCCCUAGUGUCAGUACUUUACAUGCUUAGCUGCCCUCUACUGUCUGGCUGGCACAUAUGGCCAGUGUGUCAGAGGGUUGACAAACUCUUGGACAAGAGGGCCUUUGCUUUCGGUGAAAGAGAAGUAGCUUUUAUUUUCAUGUGUAUGUGUCCUGUUGUUAAUCUUUUAUUUACUAUGGCGGUGGUGGUGCGUGAGAGGCCCAGGUGUUCUGGGUAAACUCUGUGAAAGUGAUUGGUAAUAAUAGCUUGUGGCAGCAGAGUUGUGACCUGCUGGUUAUCAGCUUACAUGUGAUCACUCCUCAGAUAACUGAUUAAAAUGUAUGGGCUUUCUCCUCUUCCUUUAAUUGAAAACUGAUCUCCGGGACACACUCGACUCGGGUGCUACUGAUAUAGUUUGUCAGGCACCCCACACAUGUCCGUUAGAUCAGUUACUCUCAGAUUUUAAUUGGUUUAUCAAUGAAUUGAUCUUAAAUGGUGUCACCCCAAAACCAUGAGACUAAACACUGACUGUUAUAGCAAAGCUCAACCCUCCAUUUCCAUGUCGCAAGCUUACACCAUGUCCAUUGUGUCAACCUGGCUAGAUUUGUCCGGUUAGGGAGGUGUAACCAUCUUAAACUCCUCUGUUUUUCUCUCACUAGGCUGUGCCUGAGAUGACCGCAGCAUUGAACAAGUAAGCCAACGUUCAGCUAAGCAGCCAUCCCACCACUUUUACCUGGGUACCAAGACUGUAACCAUGCAGUUACAACUCUCCUACAACCUCUGCCUUAAACGAUUUCUGGAGCUACUAUUCUGGGGACACUAAUAAUGUUAUCAUCCUUCUCCAUAAGUGGCAACAGAACAACACUCUCAGUUUACAAACGGACUGUUUGUUUUUAUGUAUGUAGUUAUGAAAAUGCCAGAAAUAAAGUUCUGCUUACGGGCCGUAGGUUAUAGUUUUAUCCCUAUUAAUGCAUUUUUUGUAACAUGAAUUUAACGUAGUGUCACUAAUGAACUCUUCUUCUUUUUUUUUUAUACCAAAAGCUCUUGGUAUCAAUGAUGAAACUGACUGUAAAUGACUGUUCUUUUACCAUGUUUGCGUUUUAAUUACUUUUACUCUGCAAUGAAUUCCCUUUAUGAUCAAUUUACAAAAUGCCUGUUGACAUUAAAGUGCACAGGAUUAGUUUGCCAUAUCGCAGGUUUAUGCUAUAUUACAUUUUCUUCUGACCAACACUUUCCACAAUAACUUCAAUUACAAACCCCUCCAGAUUUGGUAGCUGAAAAGACCCUCAAUCGCUCAGGUGUCUGGCUUAAAAAGAUUUCUCUGAGCUUUUUUUCGUCAUAAUUUGAAUACAAACCUUAGUAUUGAUAAUGUAGAAAGACUAAGGUAACAAAAUAAGCUGAGAACACAACUCAACACAUUUGAACACAGAUCAAAUGUACCCGGCAGCAGUCCGAACAGAGAGGACUGUACUUAUUGUUGGGGUCUGGAGACAUCAGUCUGACUUUCACUAUGGUUUGUUUGUUAAAUGUCUAAGGGUGGCUCGUACAUCAUGACUGCCAAUUAGUUGUAGUCUUGUGAUCAGUCUAGCGUCUCCAGUCCCUAAUCAAGUAUUUCAGACAAACCACCCAGUUCCACACACACCCACCCUGCCCCAUCCCUAAAUGAUAUCAAAUGUACAGUGCUUUCAGAAAGUAUUCAUACCACUU